UUAUUCAGUUUGGAAAAGUCAACAUGAGGAGUGAACAACAAAUUCUUAGCAACUACUCACUAUAUUUGUUGAUUAUUUGGACUUUGUGAACUGAAUUCUAAUUUAAUAAUAUUUGUUUAUACUGCUUUUAUGUGUGCAAACGUUUUGCAGUAGGGCACGUCCACGCGAAACCAAUGGAAAAUUGAGUAUGAUCAUCUUUCGGCAUAUUUGUAUAUAUUUUAUACAAAUGAAACACCAAUAAAUAUGACAAUGUAAAUGCUGUACAUCGCAUUUAAAAUGCUGUAUUGGACGAUUUAACUUUAAAAGAAAUGGAUAAGGCUGAGAAAGUUGAAGGCAAGCUUUUGUCCCCGACUUCAAGAGGUGAUGUUUCAAGAAAGUUACCUCAUAUAACUGGACAGCCAGGUAUUACACAAGAAAAAGAGAAGAAUUCUGAAACAAAUACAGGGAAAUCAACGAAUGCUUCUGGAGAAAGUGGUUCAGUGGCAUACAUCUCUGAGACUUUGAUCAAGCAAAUAACAAAAGAAGAAAAUUUUGAUCUAAUAACAUCUUUGACCAUUCACUUCCCUAAAGAUAAACUAAAUAAAAAGAUUAAGUACAUAGAAAACCUAGAGAAAUUGAAGAGGCUGCGGACUCUUAAUCUAAGCAACAACAUGAUAGAAAAAAUGCAGAAAUUAGAGACCCUGACUGAGCUACAUGAGCUGAACCUAUCACAUAAUUGCAUCAAAGUGAUUGAGUGUGUGGAAAGUAUGCAGAAACUAGAAGCACUAAAUCUGAGUGGAAAUCAAAUUGCAUCAAUACCUCGGCAGACAAUAAAGAAAAUACGAACCUUAAAAUUGCUGAAUUUGUCAAACAAUAAAUUGGAAUCAUUAUUAGAAGUCACGAAACUACGACCACUCCAAGAUUUGACAAACUUGAAUCUUCAAGAUAAUCCAUUCAACAGUCUGCCACAUUAUCGUCAGUUUGUUAUCUAUCAAUUGCGAAGCCUGGAAAUUUUGGACAAUCAGAAAGUCACGAAGGAAGAAAGACGUGAAGCAGACACACGAUUUGCCCAAGAAGAGGUUCAGCGCCUUGAGGUGGAACUUGCAAAACAAGAAAAAGUUCAUCAAGCGUUAGAAGAUGAGAAGAAGAAAGCUGAUAAGACGAUUGUAGAGUUAAAGAAUGUCCAGAAUGCUUUGAAAGAAAAAGAAAAGCUACAAGCGGAAAAAAUGAAAGAAUUGGAACAAGACAUAGAAGCCAAGAAUACACUGGUGAAAGCAAAAAAUGCAGAUCUGAUAAAAGCUUCGGAAAAACAGUACAGACUGGAGCAAGAGUUGGCGUUUUAUAAACUGGAUGCAAAAUUUGAACUUCUUGGUCAGUUGCCUUUACUUGAUGAUGAGGUUGAUGAACAGGAUGGAAUGGACGACAGUACAUAUAUUGGAAAGGCGACUUUCAAACGAAAUCAAUUCGUACGAGCAUCACACAUAUCUGGAAUGGCAGGACAGAAUGCUCAUGUGAAAUCGUUACGAAGAAAUUAUGAAGAUUUGGAAAAGAUGGGAGCUGACCUAGAUCGAGUGUUGAAUGAAAAGGAAGAAGCACUUAGACAGUUACAACGCGAAAUCGAUGAGAAGAAUAAUCAACUUCGGGAUGUUUCAGAAAAGUUAGCCUCCCUAGAACUUUCCCUCGCGGAACAGAUGGCGACUCUCGGUCAAGGUAAUGAGCUUGCGAGGAAACAACUGGCAGAAAAGAUUGAGUUUAUCAAGAAUCUUCAGGCAGCCGCCGAGGAACUGGAGGCAAGGAUGAAAAUCGUCGCAAAUGACGUCAUAGAAAAACAGAGAGAAUUGGAAGAACUGGGGAGAGAAAGGGAUAACUUUGGUGGCAGCGAUGAUGAUCCACAGUUCGAUCAGGAAUUAAGGUCGAAAGAAGCUGAACUACGGGAUGCAUACGACAAAUUAUCGCAGAUGAAGGAAGAACUAGAAAUGCUGAAUCAGCGGAUUGCAGAAGAAAAAGCUGAAGUCGAAAGAUUAAGAAAAGAAUUGGAAGAAGAACCUCCGAUAUCUCACGAGGCGAUUGAGCAACUAAAGAAUGAACUUGAAGGAGUUAUUCUUGCGUUGAACAAACGAUUGGGAGAGCUUCAAAAUCUUGCUAAAGAACAGCAAGCUAGAAUACAUGAUCUGGAACAAGAAGGAGAUGAUUUGAGAGCUGAGAUUGAAGAAGGAAAAGACACACAAGAAAGUCUGGAAGAUAUGGAGCAAAAACUGCAAUAUGCAUUAGUUGCAUUAAAUAACGAGGAGAGGAAGUCACAAGAGGCUGAGUUGAAGGGGGAUGAAUUAAAGGAAAGGCUGACAGCGUUUGAGAAAAACAACAAACUUGGAUUAAUGGAAGCCGACGGGAAAGUGAAACAUGCCAACAAAGAAAUUGCACAACUUCAAGACAACAUCAAGAAGAUGAAAGCGCAACUGGAGAAAGAACGUGAAGCGGCGAGAGCGCGUGCUGAACGCGACCAAGAUCGCAUUGCAAAAGCUCUAGAAGCCGCGAGAGGACUUGGUGACAAGGAGAAAGAUAUUAAGGAACUUGCUUUACAAGUCAACGCUCUGAAGGCGACAAACGAAGCUUUAAAAGACCGUCUUGUCGAAGCAGAGCAGGAACUGAAAAGAAGAGCGAGAGACGCUGAUGACAAAGAUAAACUGCUUAAAAGAUUGAAAAACCUAGUAAAUGAUUUAAAUGAAGGACAUACGGAUAUAAGACAGCCUUUUGAUGAAACAGACGGUGUAGGAGAGUGCCUGGCUGAUUUACAUAAAAAAUAUCUUGAUUUGCUGAAUGAUCUCGAGGAUGAAAGACAGAAGAGAAAACAUCAACAAAAACAAGCAAAGGCCGCAGUUGAUGGUUUAAGAGCAGAGCUGAGCUCAACACAAAGUCAGUUGAUGGCGGCGGAAAACGCUUUAGCGCAGUUAAAAGAUGACUCCGUAAGAAAAGGAGAUGAAAUCAAAGAGUUGGAAGAUGAAAUUGGAAGACUGCGUAAACGAUUACAAGAACCAUCUGAUAAAUAUCAAGACGAGGUGGAUCAUGUGAGAGAUCUCGCCAAGCGACAGAAAGAUCGUUUGGAAAACGAGAUUCAGGAACUACAAGAUGAACUUCAAGAACUUCAAGAUAAGCAUUUUGAAGAGCUUCGUGACAAGGACAAGGCGAUCUCAGAAUUGGAGGCGAUGCUUUCUCAUCGUGCUCAGAAUGCUGCGAAUGAAGAUGAAAAGAGAAAAUUACGUAAGGAUUUGGAUGGAUUGAAAAGACUCCUGUCCGAACGCAAGAAGGCAAAUGAGGAUAUCAUUGAGGAAGAAAGGAAAAAGAACCGAGCUCAGCGCAAGAUGGAUGAAAGCAGAAGACGAAUAGAAGCUGAUCUGAAAAAUGCUGAAAAUAAAAUUUUGUCGGUCGAGAAUUUGCUGAAACAUAAGCAACUCGAGGAUAAAAAACAUGAUCGACAUGUUGAUGCUCUUGCUCACGAAGUAGGUCACUUGAGAAAGGCGCUGGACGACAGAGAUCGCGAAUUAUCAAGACCAAAAAAGUCUGAUGACGUCACCCCGACGCACGAGAUACGUCAUCAUAUUUACACGCCACGCACUCAUGGCGAUCAUGAGUAUCAUCAUUACCAUGACCCCAGUCUUCCUCCUCAACAAAAUACAAGAGACUCGAAAACAAUGCAGGGUUUUCAAAGACUACCAGCGGUUACCCCAAUAAAUGAAGUCCAUCACCAUCACUAUGGUGACAAUGCACCAAUGACUACACAAUCGCCGGCUCAAAUGGACGUUUCAGCGGUACCUAUUACCGAGGUUAUAAACCAUCAUCACUAUGACAACGUCGUGGCACAGACACCGGCAACCAGUACUGUCAAUCAACUGCAUCGUCACCUACACUAUGGUAACGGUGAUUUUACUAUGCAGUUAAAGACUAAGAGAACAAAAAAGAAAGAAUAUUGCAAUGUUUCUGAACACGACUACCUGGAAGACGAUGUUGUUGCUCUAGAGGAAAAACUAGCUUCAACUAACAGCAAACUAUCAUCUCAAGUGACAGAGAAUAAGCUGAACACAUUGCGUUCUGAUCUUCAAAACUUGCAACAUACAGUUUGCGAUUCCCACAGACAAAGUCAAAGGUCGCCUACAAAAGGCGUGGAAACCCAUUUAGACGAAACUCUAGCGAAAUUACAAGACCACAUGUUGACGUUGAUGGAUCAUCGUGCCAACCUCUUGUCUCAACACAUGUAACUCAGUCACUCAGUCGAGUUAGAUGAUAAAACGAAUAUUAAAUUAUGUAACUUAAAAGUCUUAAGGUCUGUUCACACGAUCCAAUUUUGUUGGAUCUAAUUCACUUUUGACGUAUGAAAUAUAGUCUGCAUUGGCUUCAGUAGAUUUGCUGCUCAUAUACUUACAAGAGAACAAACUAUAAAGCAUCCAUCAGAAGUGAAUUGGAUCCAACAAAAUUGGAUCGUGUAAACAGACUUUUAAAGGGAAAAAAUAUAGCUCA